ACGCCUUCUACCAAAUUCAGCCCGCAGGGUACAAACAUGGUGUUGGCCACACCUUAGCUUUACUGGUUUGCAACAUUUAUUUCCCUAUCCUUAGCUGAAACCUUUUCAACAUAGAAUCAAACAAUAGCAACUCUGGCAAGAAUCCUCCUAUAUACACAAUGAAAAAAAGCAUUUCUGAGCUCCUCAACUGAUAACUCAAGUGUCACACUUCUUUUCACAGCAACCGAAGGGUAGAAGUCAGGUUGGCUGGGCUCACAGAACUUUACAAUGGCAUUAGUCUUCAGAACAGCAAUGCAAUCUGUUGGACUUUUAUUAUCUCUGCUGGGAUGGGUUUUAUCCUGUCUUACAAACUACCUGCCACAUUGGAAGAACUUGAACCUGGACCUGAAUGAGAUGGAAAACUGGACCAUGGGGCUCUGGAAAACCUGCGUCAUCCAGGAGGAAGUAGGCAAGCAGUGCAAAGACUUUGAUUCUUUCCUGGCUUUGCCAGCUGAACUGAGGAUCUCCCGGGUUCUAAUGUUCCUGUCCAAUGGGCUGGGGCUGCUGGGCCUGCUGCUCUCAGGGCUUGGCCUGGACUGCUUGAGGAUUGGAGAGAGGCAGCAGGAUUUCAAGAAGCGACUGCUCAUCCUGGGAGGAAUCCUGCUGUGGAGCUCAGGAGUCACAACCCUGGUUCCGGUUUCCUGGGUGGCCCACAUGACGGUCCUGGAGUUCUGGGAUGACAGCAUCCCAGAGAUUGUCCCCAGGUGGGAGUUUGGGGAAGCCCUCUUCUUGGGCUGGUUUGCUGGGUUUGCUCUUGUGCUAGGAGGGAGUCUGCUCCAGUGUGCAGCCUGCUCGGCCCCAGCUGCUCCACCCUCGGCCCACUAUGCAGUGCCAGAAAUGCAAGAUCACUGUCAGCAGCUGGAGCUGAAACACACCAGCUCAGAAAGCUCAGCCUGAGGGAUCAGAGCAUCUACUUUCAUCUACUUUCAGGAGGUGCCUGCUCGGCGCUGGACUGGGUAGGAUCUCCACUGCAAGGUCACUCAUUCAUGAUUGCUUUUGAUUUCCUUAAAUGCACCCCCACCCUGCCCCAUGGCUAUUUUCUUCCGAAAAUACAAUUUCUAAUACUGGCAACCCCUUUUUAUUUUCUAUUGGUAAUUCAAACCAAUCAAGAUUUAAUAAUAAUCAUCACAUCCAUUCCUGCACAUGCAUUUUCUAAAUUUUGAAACAGGCUUAUAGAACUUGUAAAGAAAACAGUGUCUUAGUACUUCUUUAUCUUUCAAGUUAUUAUUCAUAUGCAGGUGAGUUGUUUUAGCAAUCUGAAAUGUUAUGGCAGAUCUUUGCUUCUUUCAUGUGUUUUAGAAAACCUAUUCUAAUGAAAUUUAAGACAUCAUGGGAUAUUUAUUUUUUAAAACACCACUUGAUUACACUGAAAGAAAAAAAUCUGCUGGCUCUCUACAGGAUUCAGAGGUCAGACACAUACAAUGAAGAGACCUCAGUGGCUCUGAGGAA